CCUAAAUAGAACAGGACAACAUGUUUCAGGCCAGCUGACAGACCAGAGGCCUGCUGCUGCUCAGUGACAUGGAGAGACUUGAGCGGGCUCUUUUCCGUCUAGAACAAGGCUUUGAGCUGCAGUUCCGCCUUGGUCCUACCCUCCAGGGUAAAGAUGUCCAGGUUUACACCAACUUCCCUGCAAAAGGCCACAAGUUUGAUCGCCUUAACUUUCGUCCUUUGGAAUGGUUCUACCCCAACGGAAGGGAGGAUGACUGUGAUAAAUACUGCAGACUGGACUUAAUCGUUGCUGGAUCCUAUCAGUACUAUUUCUCCUGUGGGGAUAAAGAGAAAGUGAGUGGUGGUUACAUUGUCGUUGAUCCUGUGCUGAAAGUGGGAGCCAACAAUGACAUCCUCCCACUGGACUGCAUCAGCAGCCAAACAUACGAGGCCAAGUGCCUCGGACCACUGGACGAAUGGCUUAACAGGCUCAGGGUUGCAAAGGAGACUGGCUACAACAUGAUCCAUUUCACCCCGCUACAAAAGCUUGGUCUGUCUGGCUCCUGCUACUCCAUAACUGAUCAGCUGAAGUUAAACCCUAACUUUUCACCUGACAAGAAGCACUAUACCUGGGAAGACAUCGGUAAACUGGUGGAGACACUGAGGAAAGACUGGAACAUGCUCUGCAUCACUGAUAUGGUCUUUAAUUACACAGCGGUUAGCAGUGAGUGGAUUCACCAACACCCUGAGUGUGGUUACAACCUGGUAAACUCUCCUUAUCUGAAACCAGCGUGGCUUCUAGACAGAGCUCUGUGGCACCUCAGCUGUGAGAUAGCUGACGGAAAAUAUGAUAAACGAGGAGUGCCAGCUCUUUUUCAAGAUGAACGGAACAUGAAUGCUCUGCGGGGCAUCCUGUGGGAAGAGGUGUUCUCCAGGCUGAGGCUGUGGGAGUUCCUGCAGGUCAGUGUGGAUGAAGCUGUGGAGCAGUUCAGACAGCAGCUGCAGGCUGGUAGAUUAGGUGUCAAAUCCACGUCAAGUUCAGAUUUCAAGAAGGAGCUGACGAUAUUACAAGACCCUCAACACAGACGCUUUGGAAGCACAGUGGACUUGAACUCUGCCUUUGAUAUGUUCACACCUCACAGUAAGAGCCCAUCGGACAUCAGGAAGUGUUGUCUGUGUUUCAGAAAGGGACUGGAGGAGCUGAACUUGGAAUUGUACAAAGAGAUGAACCACCAUGCCCAGCAGGCCACUAAGUGCAUUGUGGAAAAUGUAUUUGAUGAGCGUAUAUCUGAUCAUGGGCCUAAACUGGGUCCAGUCACAAGGAAGUACCCUCUCUGUUCCAGGUAUUUCAUUUUCCCAUUUAAAGAAUUAACUUUUGAUGAGGAAAUGCAGCUGUUGGAGCAGAGAGAGAAGGCGUGUCACUUUCUGGCCCAUGAUGGCUUUGUGAAAGAAAACGACCUGCUUAGGAACUCUGCAGAACCAGGCUCACAGGUCUACUCGAGAGAACUGUUCUGUCAGGGUGACACUAUCAAGCUUCGUUAUGGAGAGAAACCAGAGGACAGUCCUUACCUGUGGGCCCAUAUGAAGACAUACACAGAGAUUACAGCCAGAGUCUUCUCGGGUCUACGCCUGGUCAACUGUCUGUCGACCCCUCUGCACGUUUCUGAGGCAAUGCUUUCAGCAGCCAGAUCCAUCAAGCCUAACCUAUAUGUGAUAGCUGAUAUCUCUACCAGCAGUCAGCAUAUUGACAAUGUCUAUGUAAACCGCUUGGGAAUCACGAGUUUGAUGCGAGAUGCUGUGGGUGCCUCAGAGAGGCAGGAGGAUUGGGGUUAUCAGUCCUGGUUUGGCAAGGAGCCAGUAGGUGCCUUCUCCCAGCCCAGCAAUCGGCCUCUGAUCCCAGCUGUUACUCAUACAAUGUUCAUGGACAGAAGCUCCAACCAUCACAGCCCCAUCCAGAAGAGUUCAGUUUACGACUUCUUGCCCAGAUCAACCCUGGUUUCUAUGGCCUGCUGUGCAACAGGGAGCACCAGAGAAUAUGAUCAGCUGAUUCCUCAACAGCUCUCCACAAUGAAGGAAAAUCAACAAUACACAUGCUGGAACUCUGAGGCCCAUACGUCAUCUAACCAAGUCAACCUGCAGACUGGGAUCCUUGCUGUAAAGCUGGCACUGAACAGGCUUCACUACAGGCUGGCUGCUGAGGGCUUUUCUCAGGUGAAAGUGGAGCAGCUGGGUGAGGGUGUGGUUGCAGUAACCAGACACUGUCCCACCAGCCAUCAAUCUGUGGUGGCUGUGCUGCGAAGGGCGAUCAAGAAUCCAGAGACACACCAUUAUUCAAAUGAUGUUCCACCCAUGUUAAUACCAGGUUGGAUUAAAGAGGUGGUUUUGGAGGCUAGGACCAUUGUGGGGUGCACCAACUCCAACAAAAAAGAUGACAACAUGAAUGUUCUGCCAAACUGCACUGUAGACAUCAAAGAACACAUCCAGCUGAAUGACAGUAAGUUGUUGAAAAAGGCUGACAUGGUCCCAAAACACAACGGUGUUCUUGAGGAGGUAGUAUUUGAGAAGUUGACACCAGGCAGCAUCAUCAUCUUCAGGGUGACUCAGGAGCCUAGGUCCCACGAGAAGUUGGGGAACCUGAGAAGACAGCUGAUCCAAUUUAGUCCACAGUACCAGACUGGCUCUCUGGCUGAAAACAGUACACCAUCUAUUCUGACCAAGCCAUUGAUGAGUAUCAUGUCCAAGCUGACCCUGGCUGACAUGAAUGUGCUUCUGUACCACUGUGAUGCCGAGGAAAGAGAGGAUGGGGGAGGAUGCUACAACAUACCUUCAUGGCUACCUCUCCUCUACGGGGGCUUGCAAGGGCUGAUGUCAGUCUUGGCAGAGAUUCGUCCCAAGAAUGAUCUUGGUCAUCCGCUCUGUGAUAACCUGAGGCAGGGAGACUGGAUGAUGGACUAUGUCUCCAACAGACUUUUAGCAAAGGGGGGAGCUUUGGGAGAGGUGGGCCACUGGUUCCAGGCCAUGUUUGGCUACUUGAAGCACAUCCCCCGCUACCUUGUGCCUUGCUACUUCGACUCCAUUAUUCAGGGAGCCUACAACACUGCUUUAGAGGCUGUUUUCAAACGCAUGUCAAGCUUUGUGCAGAAUGGAUCAAGCCUGGUUAAACAACUGGCGCUGGGUUCGGUGCAGAUGUGUGGUGUGGAUCACAGUUGGGCACUGCCCAUAAUCUCUCCUCAUCUUAAAGAUGUCCAAUGCUCGCUUCAUGAAGUAACGGAGGAACAGCGCUUUGUGUCACUUGCAGCAGGUCUUCCUCACUUUUGUGCUGGGCAAUUCCGUUGUUGGGGCCGUGACACCUUUAUUUCCCUGCGAGGCCUGCUAUUGCUGACUGGCAGAUACCUGGAAGCUCGGAUCAUCAUCCUAGCAUUUGCAGGUACAUUGCAUUACGGCCUGAUCCCCAACCAGCUUGGCAAGGGCACUAGUGUGCGCUACAACUGUCGGGAUGCUGUUUGGUGGUGGCUGCAGUGUAUCCAGGAGUAUUGCACACUAGUACCAGAUGGUGUCUCCAUCCUCAAGUGUCCUGUCAAAAGGAUGUACCCCAACAUAUCUGAGCUUAAGCCUAAUGGAGCCAAGGAACAACCACUAUAUGAUGUUAUCCAGGAGGUUAUGCAGAGACAUAUGCAUGGUAUUCAGUUCAGAGAGACCAACGCUGGGCCACAGUUGGACAGUAAUAUGUCCAAUGAAGGUUUUAAUGUAGAGGCUGGAGUGGACCAGACCACUGGCUUCAUCUCUGGAGGAAAUCGCUUCAAUUGUGGAACUUGGAUGGACAAGAUGGGUGAGAGUGAGAGGGCACACAACAAGGGAAUACCUGCUACACCAAGGGAUGGCUCUGCAGUGGAGAUAGUGGGCCUGUGUAAAUCUACUAUAAGAUGGCUUGUGAAACUGCACAACAAUGGGCACUUCCCCUAUGCAGCGGUCAACAUACGCAGAGGAGGACAGACAUAUUCAGAGUCAUAUGUGAAGUGGGAUCUUAAGAUCCAGGAGAACUUUGAGAAGAACUUCUUUAUUCCCCAUGAUCCCCAGGACUAUGAGGGGAGACAACCUGAGUUGGUUCACAAAAGAGGCAUCUACAAGGACAGUUUUGGGUCUUCAAGUCCGUGGUGUGACUACCAACUCCGCACUAACUUCCCCAUUGCCAUGGUGAUGGCUCCUGAGCUUUUCACUGUGGAGAAAGCCUGGGAGGCUCUGGGUAUAGCUGAAAGGAAGCUAUUGGGGCCUUUGGGAAUGAAGACCUUGGACCCUGAUGACAUGGUCUACUGUGGAAUAUACGACAGUUACCUGGAUAAUGAUAACUUCAACACAGCAAAGGGCUUCAACUAUCAUCAAGGCCCAGAAUGGUUGUGGCCAGUCGGCUACUUUCUACGUGCCAAACUUUACUUUGCCAAGGAAAUGGGAAAGGAGACGUAUGACCAAACUGUAAACCUGGUGAAAAACGUUCUCUCUCGUCACUCUAUACACUUGGAGAGGUCACCUUGGAAGGGUCUCCCUCAGCUGACUAAUGAGAAUGGCCAGCACUGCCAGUACAGCUGUGAGAGCCAAGCCAUAUCCAUGGCUCCAAUGCUGGAGGUUUUGUAUGACCUUUGACCAAGACAGCAUACUCAACAGUGGUUAGUUUACUGCUGACCUUACACACUUAAAUAUUGCCCCAAUGCUCAUAGACCUCACAGCAUCAUAGUUUCAUAAUACAGUUAGAAUCAGAACUAAAAUCAAUACUGAAUCAGAGUCAAUUAAGUGUCUGAAAUAUUUGGUUUUCCCAAAGCCUUUGUGUUUUACCAUGUAGUACCAGGAAUAAUAUAGUUGGUGAUUUUGGCAUUGUAUUGAAAGCAGAUAUAAACAAGAUACAGGGGGUAAAGAGCGUAUGACAUGAAUCAAUCAUCCCUGGAGAGAAAAACACAGCUGCUUGUUCCUGGUUUGUGUAUCAAUUUUGACAAAAGAGUAUACUGCAAUUGUGUUGAUAUAACAAUCUUGUUGUUCUUGGUUAAUCCACGGUAUGACACAAAAUAUGGUAAGCCUCAGAACAUUUUAGCUAAGGGAUGGAUGAAAGCAACAAGCAACCUAAAGUUAAAUGAAAGUAGAAUUCUAUAGAUUUCUACGGAGGAACUAACAGUGUUCUUCUAUAAGGUUUUCCCUCGUGGAGCAAGCUGUCUCCUUUGCUUUAUAAUCUUGGACAGUUGGGAUGAGAUCUAAAGACUUUAAAAUCCAUACUAUAUGAUACAUAUAAUACACGGUAAUUAUCAAACCAUUCAAUGAGCUCUCAUUUCCAAUGUUUUUUUCCUUUUAUUUCCUCAACUGUCUAUACCUCUAACCAGAGAAUUAUAUAGUAACAAAGUAGUUGCUUUCAUGACUGGUUAAGGUACUAUUUAUGCUUAAAGGUUGUGCCCCUCAGAAACAAAAGGAUGAACAUGGGCUAUAGAACGAAAAACAGUAUUUCAUGUCAUGUAAUAAAUAAAUAUUAAAAUAUAAAAUAACAAA